AUGGCAAGCUUCGCAGCUGAGCUGCAGGGCGCAACUCCUCCUGUCCUGCCUCCGAAACCUGGCAGUCAUGAGACGAGCCGCAUUGCGACACCGGCCUCAGCAGGCGUCCCUCCACCCUCCGAAGGCCGAUUCCCUUCGAAUAAUGUAAAUCCUGUGCCGACGUCAAUACCUGAUCCCGGUGACCAAUGGCUACCCCAGAUGCUGCAGGACAAGCCAAAACAAGAUCUGGCUGAACUACUCGCAAAUCCGGAUCUGCUCAACGCAUUGACGCACUCCCCCGAAUCUAUCCACCCGUCCCUCCUCGCCUCGCAUCAGGCUUUGUCCGCAGCGCUCAACGAGAAUAUCGAUCUCGCCGGCCAACUCACAGAUAUGGAAGCACGACUGUCGCACCAGCGCGCUUCCACACAGGCGCAGCUUCUCUCAACACACACUCUCGAACGGCAAUGGCGCCAGAAGCAGUCUGAGAUGGACCACACCCUGGCGCCCUUCUCUCCGUCGGCGCUGUACCAGCAGCUGGGUCAGGGCGUACAGGAACAAGCGCUAGUUUGCGAGGCGAUGGAGGAGAGCUUUCUCGAGGGAGAGGGCGAAGGCGUGGCAGCAACUGAGAGAGAAGUCACUGAUUGGGUUCGUAGGUACAGAGAGGCCAAAAUCCAGUACUACCUAAGGCAAGAGAGAAAAGAGAGGUGGGACGAAGGGCGUGUUGGCGGAUGGAGAUGA